GCGAAUCGCUGGGCGCGCUCAUCCCCGGGGCUAAGCUUUGGGGCCUCAGUACGCCGGGGCCAAUGGGAGCGGAGCCGAGCCGGUGCCGUGCUCGGGAGCAGGCUUGAGUAGUGCUUGGCUGUGCCUCUCCUGAGUGUUCCCGAGGAGAGUGACGAUGAUCACAUUCAUGAACAACUCGGACAGUGAGGAGGAGCCCUGCAAUGAAAGAACAUCCCUGAUGUCUGCAGAGAGUCCUCCAGUACCCUCCUACCAGGAUGGCCUGCAAGCCUCAGAAGCAGGGGAAGCCCAGGCACAUAGGAAGAGGCGCACAGGUGGCAGCUGUAACCCUAACAACCUCGCUGAUGGGGAAAGGCCUGGCACAGGUGUUCCAGUGAGAGACAGCACCUCGGAAAAUGAAGAGGAGGAACUGACUCUGAAAUAUGGAGCAAAGCAUGUAAUCAUGCUCUUUGUGCCUGUCACCCUCUGUAUGAUUGUUGUCGUCGCCACCAUAAAGUCAGUGCGCUUCUAUACGGAGAAAAACGGGCAGCUGAUCUACACCCCUUUCAGUGAGGAUACUCCAUCCGUGGGCCAGCGUCUCCUGAACUCUGUGUUGAACACCAUCAUCAUGAUCAGCGUCAUCGUCGUCAUGACUGUGUUCCUAGUCCUGCUCUAUAAAUACCGCUGCUACAAGUUCAUCCAUGGCUGGCUGAUCCUGUCCUCUCUGAUGCUGCUCUUCCUCUUUACCUACAUCUAUCUUGGUGAAGUAUUGAAGACUUACAACGUGGCCAUGGAUUACCCAACUCUGUUCUUAGUCAUCUGGAAUUUUGGAGCUGUUGGAAUGAUUUGCAUCCACUGGAAAGGUCCCUUGCAGCUCCAGCAAGCAUAUCUCAUUAUGAUCAGUGCUCUCAUGGCACUGGUUUUCAUUAAGUAUCUACCUGAGUGGUCAGCAUGGGUGAUUCUAGGUGCAAUCUCCAUUUACGAUCUGAUGGCUGUUCUCUGCCCCAAGGGCCCACUGAGAAUGCUGGUAGAAACUGCACAGGAGAGAAAUGAGCCCAUUUUUCCUGCAUUGAUAUAUUCCUCUGCUAUGAUGUGGACAGUUGGAAUGGCAAAGCCAGACACAGCAUCAAGAGGACCAAGUCAGCAGACAUGGGAUGCAGCUGAGGAUGGGAGAGAGAGCCACAGGAGCCCUUCACAUGCAGCCUCCCAGAUGUCAGAGACGAGUCCUGCUCCGACCCGCCCCAUCACUUCUUUAGAGGAGCUUGAGGAGGAGGAAAGGGGUGUGAAGCUGGGUCUCGGUGACUUCAUAUUUUACAGCGUGCUUGUUGGGAAAGCAGCUGCCACAGCCAGUGGGGACUGGAACACUACACUGGCAUGCUUUGUAGCCAUCCUCAUAGGUUUAUGCCUAACUCUUCUAUUACUGGCUGUUUUUAAGAAAGCACUGCCUGCUCUUCCCAUCUCCAUCACCUUUGGCUUGGUCUUCUACUUCUCGACAGACAACCUCGUGCGCCCGUUCAUGGACACCCUGGCCUCUCACCAGCUCUAUAUUUAGACGUAGGAGUGGAAGGAUUUCUGUUGUAAAGCUUUGCUGUGAAGUAUGAUACACCCUUUGGAAAGAAGCCCUCCAGUUUUACACUUAGUGCCAUAUAUUUGUAAGGAAAACACUAAGUCUGUGACCUCAUGUGUACUAAAGAACAAUCUAAUAGUGA